AUUUUUAUAGGACUCAAGGUUGUUCUCAGGGUCACCAUUAAGUUAACGUACGAUUUCUCCAGUUAAAGGACAUUAGUAUGUAGAUGUAGUAAAAAAAAAGCCAGGAGCGGAAAUGAGUACCUUUGAUAAAAUAUACCGAAGUGUUCUUCCGAUGAAAUUCUUCAGCAAGGGUUGGGGGAGGCCAGAUAUUCUUAUUAAGUUGGUUGAGAAUAUGAAGAUUGUCAAACAGAGGGACAUCUACUGUUCAGUCAAGUGUAAGACUAAUAUCAAUAUUGAGAAGGUAUUUUCAGUACAUAUGUGAAUUCAUGUUCAGAGAACCGAGGGUAAGCGUACUGUACAAAUCGAAGGAUCAUUCUUAUCUCCAUUUGAUACUGUCAUUCCCAAUGCACUUAAAGAAGACAAUAAAGUUUCAAGAUUUCAAAUGGUUAUACCAAAAGCCUGGUCUACAAAUUAUCGUCCAGUUUGCAUCCACUUUGCUGGCACGGGUGAUCAUAAUUACUCCAGAAGAAGAUUAUUUCUCGCCAAUCAAUUGAUUGAAGAUGGUAUUGCAUCUCUUAUUAUAAUGAAUCCAUUUUAUUCCACUCGGAAACCUAAGGACCAAAAAGGUUCUAGUUUGAAUUUCGUCUCUGAUCUGUUCAUUAUGGGCGGAGCUCUAAUAAUGGAAUGCAGUGCGCUGUUAGAUUGGUGUGAACAGAAUGGUUAUGGACCGUUUGCACUUCAUGGAAUUUCAAUGGGAGGUUAUAUGGCAGGAUUAUGUGCAACUGUUUGGCCGAAACCUAUAUCACUUAUUCCCUGUUUAUCGUGGACUUCAGCGUCAGUUGUCUUUGUAGAGGGCAUUUUAUCAAAUGCAGUCGAUUGGUCAGUAUUAACAAAACAAUACUAUUCAGAUUCAAUUUAUUCGGAUGUAAUUCGACCAAAACUGCAACCUCCAUUUCCUGCCUCCUUUAAAGCGGAUAAUACUUCUGAAGAUCCUCUGGAAGAUCUCAUAAGAAGUGCAUUAAAAUCACAAAAUUUAUCAAAUACUUCAAAUGUUAAACAGUCCGCAUCUAUGGAAAUGGAUCAUCUACUUAAUACAGCGUCAUCAGAACAAACCUCAGAUACACAUGUCCAUGUAAUUAAUCAUACGAAAGCACACUCUGUCAACUCAUCAUCUGAUUCGAACAAACAUCUUCAUGAAAGGAUUACACCGCAACCUAUAAACAUUUCCACUACGCGCCAAUCAUCAUCCUCCUCUGUGAAUCCAGCAUAUGCAUCUCUCUUAGCUGCACGAAGAUUUCUUCCUAAUAAUAUAUCCAUCGGUCUACCGAGUUCAUUAUCCUCUAUCAAUUUGAACACCUUUCUACGUUACCCCCUGGAUAAUUCAUCAUUAUGGCAUAAUAGUAUAUCAUUAUUUCGUUCACUACCUGAAGAUAUCAGUCGGAUGAUGAGUACUGCUAGUUCACCGCCAGAUCCUGAAGUUCAACAAUUUCUACGUGAUCUAUUAGAUUUUUUUACUCACUUAGGCAAUUUUUCUCCAAUUCUCGAUUCUCGACUUGUUCUACCAGUUGCUGCUGAAUGUGAUGCCUAUGUACCACGGCAUGGUGUAUGCUCGCUGACAAAAAUCUAUCCAAAUGCUGAAAUUCGGAUAUUGCCUCAAUCCGGUCAUGUUGGUGCUUAUGUACGCAAUGCUAUUUGGACAAAUGAUUUUAGGCAAGCAAUUACCGAUUGUUUAAAUCGUCAAGUGCAUUUAUAUCAUGAUGAACCUGGGCCAUUUGGUCGAAAUAAAAAAUCUGCAUUGAGUAAUAAUAAUGCUACUACUAAUAAUAGUAAUAGUAGUACUAUUAACAACAGUGAUAACAUUAUUCAGGCUACUGAUCGUUCCAAGGGUUAAUUUGAUUAGAAACAUCAUUGUUUUAUUUCACUUUUAUUGUAAUAAUAAAUACAUUUUUUCUUUAAAAAUCUAUCAUAUCAGUUAAUAACAGUAUAUGCUCCUGUCGUCGUUCUCUUGUUCUGUUGGUAGGCGGUAGUCAGUCACUCAUAUACAUACAUAUAUAUACAUAUAAUGUGCAAAUUUGUAUUAUUAUUUCUAUCCAUAUAUUGUACUUCUACUACUAAUUAUUUCUUCCGUAUUGAGGUGUAUUUAGUUUACUUUUCUCCUUCUCACGUCCUCACAUCCCACACCAACCCAUCCUACUUUGUUCCGCUCUGCUCCGCUCCUCCUGACUCGACCUUACCUCAUUUACCAACUCCAACCCCGCCUCCGCCCCUGCCCGCGCCGCUGGCCCCAACUGUGUUUGUGACUACUGGUUUUUAAUGUCUCUUCCCUUUUUCUUCUUCUCUCCGUGUUUUUUUUCUGUUCUUUAAUUUUCAACUUUCGCUUUUUCGUUCACUGUAAUAAGUUGUGUUACAAUAUGCUUUUUGUUAUGAUAUGUAGUACUUGUGUGUGUGUGUGUGUGGUUGUUUGGGAACCGGUUGUUGCGUGUAUGUAGACAUUUACUUUUAUGCUAUUUAUUACUAUUAUUAUUAUCAUUAUUAUUAUAAAUAUACAUAAAUAAUUUUGGUUUACUUUUUAA